GAUACCAGACGCACACCGAAGCCGAGAUCCAGGCCAGGCCAAGCACGCCGCCGCCGGCAGUCGAAAAUAACACAUUCCCUAGCCACGCCGUGACAUGGCCACUCCGACGGCAGCCGCCGACACCGCCGCCGCCCCGCUGACUCCAGUUGCCCCGGAGCCCGCGGCGAAGUUCUCUCUUGCCUCUUCUGAUAUGGCUGCUCCGACCGCAGCAGCCGACACCUCCGCCCCGCCGCCGCCUGCUCCAGUCCCUCCGACCGCAGCCGCCGACACCUCCGCGCCGCCGCCGCCAGCUCCAUCCCCUCCGACCGCAGGAGCCGACACCGCCGCUCCGCCACCACCUCCUCCAACAACGACGGAGCCUGCGGCCAAGGUCUCUCAUAGUCCUUACCACAUGGCCGCCCCGACGGCAACCGCCGAGACCGUCGGUCGGCCAAUUCCUCCUCCUCCAGCCCCGGAAAUCGCGGCCAAGGUCUCCCAUUUCCCCCCUCCUUUUCCUCCUCAGCCCGAUGCGCCGGCGCCCAAGAGGCGGAAGCUGGAGGAGGCGGGGUUCCACACCUCCGCCUACUACAAGAUCCGGGCCACUGUUGCCGACCUCCGCCUCCGCUUCGUCCAGGUUCACGAAGCUACUGAUUUUCGGAAGAGCGAUGCUGCUCGCGAGAUUCUGAGAGAGAUAAAGACAGUUAUGGAACUCUCCAAGAAAAUGAGGCUUGAUCUCGGCGUCUCUUCUGAACCCAUGAAACCGUCAGAGAAGCCUUUAGCUGGAGCUGUGAAGGAUGAGUCCGCAGAGCCAAUUCCUUCUGGAGAAAGAAAUCAAGUUCCUCCGACAGGUCAGCCUGCAGUUCCUCCUAAUAUUGCAAAUGAUGGUGCACCGGCCACCCAAGCCUGACAAGUGAUAACUCAGCGAGUGCAGCAGAGAAAAUAUCAGAGGGAAAGGGAACCCUAAGCAGUGAGAUGGCAAAUCACCCAAAGCACCUCGUGAAAACAGUGCAAGGGUCUUAUGUGGUUGGUGGAUCUCCUGUUGGCUGGAAUUUUCUUGUUUGGCUUGGUGGUGAAAUAAUGUAUUGUGGGGUUGCCAAAGAGGUGUUUCGGACGCGCCAAGCUGCAAAUUGAGAUGUUCCCUUCAAAUUGAAACUUUCUGAUUUGUAAUGUACUCUUUAAAUUGAUGGGGGUUAUGAUUUAGUUUUAACAUCCUUAUCCUUAAAUUCACUAAGCUCCCUAGGGCUUGGGGCGCUCUCAGUCAAUUGAGACAUCAAUUCUGGCAUUUGAUUUUGAA